AUGGCCCCGCAUUUCUACUUGAUGAGCUCAAUCUCCAUUUGGUUUCCCCCAGUUGUGAUGAUGAUUCUUGUCGUCACCGAUCUCCUCAUUUUCCAUUUUGCAAUCCCAGAAUCAAAAGGGAAACCCAUUGCUGACAAAAUGCCUGAAAAUCAUGAAAGAUUUAAAAUAUUUGCUGACAAUGGAUCGCUGACAAGUUUCAUAAAUAAACUCUCACUCAGCAAAUCGUCUUCACGGAAAAGCUUUGGCAUUGGUCAAGAAUUGGACAAUUCAAUCGUUGAA